CCCUCGCUACACGUUUACAAACACACACCCUGCUGCUGAUCCCGGUCCUCUGCGUGGCUCCUAGCUAGCAUUGGAAAUGUCUUGCUUUUUGGUGGGCAGGUGUUGCCCCCUAAGGAGGAGAGCGCGCUGAGACGCCCAUCUCUGCUUUUACGAGCCGCCCCGGACGGCGGCGCUGAGCGUCCUGCGCCAUGGCCAAGCGAGAGGCUGGGAGCACCAGCCCGGUGGUUCGUCAGAUAGACAAACAGUUUUUGGUGUGCAGCAUCUGCCUGGACCACUACCGCAACCCCAAAGUGCUGCCCUGCCUCCACACCUUCUGUGAAAGCUGUCUCCACAACUACAUUCCUCCAGAGUCUCUGACGCUCUCGUGUCCAGUAUGUCGGCAGACGUCCAUCCUGCCGGAAAGAGGAGUGUGUGCCCUGCAGAACAACUUCUUCAUCACCAACCUGAUGGAGGUCCUUCAACGAGAGCCUGAGUGUUCCAGACCUGAGGCCUGCAGCGUCCUCGAGUCGGUCAGCGCGGCAGCAGCGGGGAAACCUCUCAGCUGCCCCAACCACGAAGGAAAGGGGAUGGAGUUCUACUGCGAUUCGUGUGAGACGGCCAUGUGUCUGGACUGCACGGAGGGGGAGCACUGCGAGCAUGUCACCGUUCCUCUGCGCGACGUCGUGGAGCAGCAGAAGGCGGCGCUCAAGACCCAGCUGGACGCCAUCCACAGCAGACUACCUCAGCUCACCGCCGCCAUCGAGCUGGUGAGCGAGAUCUCCCGUCAGCUCACCGAGAGGAAGAGCGAGGCGGUGGCCGAUAUAACCAACACCUUUGAGGAGCUGGAGCGAGCUUUGGAGCAUCGCAAGACGGCCCUCAUCACUGAUCUGGAGAACAUCUGCAGCACCAAGCAGAAGGUUCUGCAGGCCCAGCUGUCGUCUCUCCUCCAGGGGAGAGAUCACAUCCAGAGCAGCUGCAGCUUUACGGAGCAAGCGCUCAGUCACGGGACCGCCACUGAGGUUCUGCUGGUCCAAAAGCAAAUGAGCGAGCGUGUGACAGCGCUGGCGAGACAUGACUUCCCAGAGAGGCCGCAUCAGAACGCACACUUGGACUGUCAGGUGGAGACUGAAGGUCUGCGGCGCUCCAUUCAGAAUCUUGGCGUCCUUCUCACCACAGCAGCUGUGGCUCACACCUCCGUCGCCACAGGGGAGGGUCUACGCCACGCGGCCACGGGGCAGCACCACAGCAUCACCGUGACCACCAAAGACAAAGACGGAGAGCUGGUGAGGACGGGAAACGCCGUUUUAAAAGCCCACAUCACGUCAACAGACGGUAGCCGCGCCACAGAGCCGGAUGUGACGGACAACAAGAACGGGACGUACGAGGUGGGCUACACGCUGCGCUCCGAGGGCGAGUACUCCUUCGCCCUGACGCUCUACGGACAGCCCAUACGCGGAAGCCCCUUCCGCUUGCGUGCCGUCAAGCCCUGCGACGUGCCCCCGUCGCCAGACGACGUCAAGCGGCGUGUCAAGUCUCCCAGCGGCACGGGGGGUCACGUCAGGCAAAAGGCGGUGCGCCGGCCCUCCAGCAUGUACAGCACCACCAAGAAGAAGGAGAACCCCAUCGAGGACGAGCUCAUCUACAGAGUUGGGUCUCGGGGCCGAGAGAGAGGAGAGUUCACAAACCUUCAGGGCAUCUCUGCGUCCAGCAGCGGCCGAGUGGUGGUGGCCGACAGCAACAAUCAGUGCAUCCAGAUCUUCUCCAACGACGGACAGUUCAAGAUGCGCUUUGGGGUGCGAGGCCGGUCGCCGGGGCAACUGCAGCGUCCGACGGGCGUCACCGUGGACUCCAACGGCGACAUCGUGGUGGCCGACUACGACAACCGCUGGGUCAGCAUCUUCUCCUCGGAUGGCAAGUUUAAGAACAAGAUCGGUGCGGGACGCCUUAUGGGCCCAAAGGGCGUGGCCGUGGACAAGAACGGCCACAUCAUCACGGUGGACAACAAAGCCUGCUGCGUCUUCAUCUUCCAGUCCAACGGAAAGCUGGUCACCAAGUUCGGAGGACGAGGGAUGACUGACAGACAGUUUGCAGGUCCACACUUCGUCGCUGUCAACAACAAGAAUGAAAUCAUCGUGACGGACUUCCAUAAUCACUCAGUGAAGGUGUACACCGCUGACGGAGAGUUCCUGUUUAAGUUCGGCUCUCACGGCGAAGGAAACGGACAAUUCAACGCCCCCACCGGCGUGGCCGUGGACGCCAACGGAAACAUCAUCGUAGCUGACUGGGGGAACAGCAGAAUACAGGUGUUUGACAGCACAGGCUCCUUCCUGUCAUACAUCAACACGUCGGCGGACCCGCUGUACGGCCCCCAGGGCCUCGCCCUCACCUCAGAUGGUCACGUGGCCGUGGCCGACUCCGGCAACCACUGCUUCAAGGUGUACAGAUACCUGCAGUAGUACACGUACACACAGUAGUAACUGUCUUUGACGUCAUCAACAGCAAGCUGGCGCCGCCCUACAGGCUCCAUCGAGGAAGGACAACAUUUCUUCUUUCAUUCUGGCCUCCAUCCUGUCUUUUCUGUUCGCUCCCAGUCCUCCAUGAUGGGAUGGAACCAGUGCCAUCAGAUCUCCAUGCUAACAAUCUAGCAGCCCACACGAGUACUGUGCUUGUACAUAAUCCGUUUAUCAGCUUUAUUUUACUUUCUAGAAGGUCAACCCCAACUGAGAAUGUCAUUUUCAACAUCUAAGCCCCGCCUCCUUCUGCCAAAAUGUCAUUUGUUGCAAAGUAGAAAUAAUCUAUAUAAAAGUAGGUUGUUUAGUUUGCCAGAGUAAUAUAUAUAUCAAUGUAUAUGUGUAUAUUUAUGUUAUCUUUGUGCUCCUGCAAGAACAAACAGCAGCUAACAGCAAACAGUCAUGUUUGUAUUUCUCAGUAGCUUGCUUAGCCAAGACACAACCUUUGAUUGUAAAUAUUCAAGUGGUCAACUAUAAAACAAAAAGGUGUCACAGCACACUCAUUUAUCUUUAUACUCCCGAUGAUGAUGAUGAUGAGUUGCCAUGGAGACCAGGCAAGCCACCUUAAAGUGAGUGAAAAAAAGAAGGCUUUUGUCAGUAUUUUUUAAUCUCGUUAAAUCAGUAGAUUAUUUACAUUGAUAGUGUGGCACUAUUACACAAUACAAGUGUGCAGUGUGAACAAAAAUCGCUCACGUUACGCACACCAAACUUCACCUUAAAAAACAAAACGGCUUAAAUUCUUAAAAUUGAUGAUGAAAAGUAAAACGGACCAAUCAACAUUUUAAAAGGCGGCUGCGAAGUUUAAGAAUUUCAAAGGUUCUUCUGGUUACAAAAA